GCAACGUCUGUGUAACCCGCGCCAGACUUCUAACCAAACGCGCUCCUUUAAAGCAUUCUCAUCGUACGUCACUGAAGAUUUUCACCCACAGAAGCGCCACCCCAUUCCCCCGCCCCCUCUUCAUUAAACAAGAGUCUGAGAUGUCGGACAUUAAACGGGAGACGGAGCCAGAGAUCCUCAGCUUUCAAAUUAAAGAAGAAGAACGGGAAGAUGAAAUCACAAAGUGUCCUAUGACUGUCAGUGUGAAGAGUGAAGAAUAUGAAGGUCCAAGUGAAAAGAGCGGAGUAGCAAAAUCUUCGGGCGACAGCUCGUUUCAACACCUGACAACAAAAGGCGAGGGACGAUUGCAGUCGGACGGCAUCUUCGCUGCACUCUCGGACAGCGACGACGUAACGUUACACUCUUCUGACACUGACACUAUUGAGGAGGAUGUUGACUUUGACCAAAAGUCUUCGAAAUCUUUCAACAAGUCAUCAUCGCAAAGAAACACAAAAGAAUGCCAAGACGUCACAGUGGAAGAUCUUCGCCCUAAGGAGCACGAUCCCCCCCACGUUAAACAGGAGGAAGAGUCACAGAUGGCGUACGUCAUACAGAAGGCAGAGCCAGAGACUCUCUACGUUAAAGAAGAACAGGAAGAUGAAAUCACAACGUUUUCAGUGACUGUCAGUGUGAAGAGCAAAGACGAAGGUCAAAGCGAAGAGAUCAGAACAGCGAAACCAGCGAGCAGCAACUCGUUUCAACAUCCGACAACAAAAGCACCGACGUAACGUCACACUCUUCUGACUUUAGCACCGAUGAGGAAGAUGUUGAAGAAUGCUUGAGUUGGAAACCCUUUGCCUGCCCAUUUUGUGGCAAAAGAUUCACUUAUGAGGCUGAUGUAACGAGGCAUGAAAAAACACACACUGUAGAGAAGCCAUUUGCCUGCUCAUUUUGUGAUAAAAGAUUUUGUCGUAAGCAAAAGUUGUCGGCACACGUGAGGACACAUACUGGAGAAAAGCCUUUUCAAUGCACAAUUUGUGGUAAAAAAUUCACCCAGGCAGGAAAUUUGAAAACACACACACGAAUACACACUGGAGAGAAGCCUUUCGUCUGCUCAGUUUGCAAUAAAAGAUUUGGUUGUAAGAAAGAUUUAACAGGACACACAUAUACACACACUGGAUUAAAGCCUUUUCUCUGCUCAGUUUGUGGUAAAACAUACACCCGGAGGGGAGAUUUAAACAAUCAUGAAAGAGCACACACCUAACUUACAUAACUUACCUUCUGAUUGGUGGCAUCUGAAAUAGUUUGAUGCUUCUUUCUUUUCGUUGUUGUUCACUCAGUGUCCAAACUAAAUCUGAAUAGUUUCAAGUAAGAUUUUUGUAUUCGUCUCGUGCAUUGUUAUAAUUUGAAAUCUGCUUCAUUGUAGAAUUACCAGAUCUUUUUAUUAUUAACAGGGGUAAAAGUGGCUAGAAUUUAUUUGGUUUUGGACUAAAAUUCUAGAGGAACCUCCUAAAAUCACUGAAAUGCAGACAAAACUGCUUUUGGCACAGUUAUUCCUGUAACGCAUUUUUUUCAAUGAUUUGCAAAAUAAAAGUUAACAGAAACGGCAGUAACCCCAGCCUUCCAUCCCCUAAACCCGCCAUUUCCUCACAUCUAAAUAGAAAACCUCAAUUGUAACUACUUAAGAACAUUGGAUGUACAUUAAAAUUGAAGGUAAAUUAAACAUUUACUUUUUUAUAUAAUAAUAAAAUUGUUAAUAAAUAAUAAACAUGCAAUACAGGCCAAAAGUUUGGACACACCUAAUUCAAUGCACAUAAAUGAAGGUCCCAACCACAUGGAUAAAGCAAUAUAUUCCAUUAAUCAACCCUGAAAAGGCAUACUGCUGUAAAUUCAAAAAACACUCUAGGGGACUCCCUCUUGAAGCUCAUCAAGAGAAUGGCAAGAGUGUACAAAAAAUUAAUCAGAGCAAAGGGUGGCUACUUUCAAGAUCUAGAAUAUUAUACGUUUUUAGUUAUUUCACCUGUUUUUUGCUAAGUACAUAGUUCCACACAUGUUCAUUCAUAGUCCUUUUACCUCCAGUGAGAAUUUCAAUGACACUUGACGAGUCAAAAAUGAUGCACAGCAGAUAAAAUAAAUAAUCCUCUUCAGCUUUUUUUUUUCUCUUAAAGAGCUGAUCAAUUUUCUGUUGCAUUGCCCUUUAUUGCAUCAGUUCAACAAGCUUUUGUCUUUUUUAGUUUUUCUAUUUUUUUUUUUUUGUGCUGUUCCAGAAAAUGUGCAUUUGAACCAAUCAGACCUAAUUAUCUCUGCCGAUCCAAUGUCAGCAUUGUGGUGUGAGGACCUACACUACCUAGCAUUCAGUCAGAUUACUCGUUCAGUCACAUGAUGUUAUGUUAAAAUUAGGGCUGUCAAACGAUUAAAAUUUUUAAUCGAGUUAAUUACAGCUUAAAAAAUUAAUUAAUCAUAAUUAAUCGCAAUUAAUCGCAAUUCAAACAUCUAUAAAAUAUGCCAUAUUUUUCUGUAAAUUAUAUAUAUAUUCUGUAAAAUAAAUUGUUGGAAUGGAAAGAUAAGACACAAGAUGGAUGUAUACAUUCAACAUACGGUACAUAAGGACUGUAUUUGUUUAUUAUAACAAUAAAUCAACAAGAUGGCAUUAACAUUAUUAACAUUCUGUUUAAGCGAUCCAUGGAUAGAAAGACUUGUAGUUCUUAAAAGAUAAAUGUUAGUACAAGUUAUAGAAAUUUUAUAUUAAAACCCCUCUUAAUGUUUUCGUUUUAAUAAAAAUUGUAAAAUUUUCAAUCAAAAAAUACACUAGUAGCCCGCCAUUGUUGAUGUCAAUAAUUACUUACACAAUGCUCAUGGGUGCUGAAGGCUAUAAAAUCAGUCGCAUCCAAGCGCCAGCAGAGGGCGGCAAAACUCCAUAAAACACAAUUAACAAGUGGGCAUUUCACUCUUCUGACAUUUAAAUCUGUCUGAGCGGGACAUGUGCGUUAAUUGCGUCAAAUAUUUUAACGUGAUUAAUUAAAAUUAAUUACCGCCCGUUAACGCGAUAAUUUUGACAGCUGUAGUUAAAAUGUUAUAAAUGAACACAUUAAGGAACAAGACGUUUGUGGAAAUGUUUUGUUUUGGCAGGCACAAAAGACACCAUAUUAUCUAGCUACGCUAAAAAGAUAAUUUACAUCAUCAUUUGCUAUGGGUUGUCAGUCUCCGAUGUUAAACUCAAGAAAAAAAAAAGAAAAAAAAAACUUUGCUUUUUCCGAGUUAAACAUCAGAGACAGUUGUCGCUGCCAUUUUAUAAAUGCUUUUAAAAA